CUAGUAAAUCACGGAAUACCUGAAGAUGUAAUAAAUAAAGUAAAACAAGUUGUGGAAGAUUUCUUCAAGCUUCCAUUAGAAGAGAAGGAGAAAGUUGCUCAACUGCCAGGCCAAACAGAGGGCUAUGGACAAGCUUUCAUUCACUCAAAGGAACAAAAGCUAGACUGGGGAGACAGACUUGCCUAUGCAACAUUUCCUCCAAAUUUGAAACAAUUGCGGCUUUGGCCCACUAAUCCACCUUCAUUCAGGGAGACAUUUGAUGCUUAUGCAAUUGAGAUAAAGAGACUAUCCGAUGAACUCCUAAAAAUGAUAUCUAAGAAUCUGGGACUUGGACUCAAGGAGUUGUAUGAUAUGUUUAAGGGAGGGAUUCAGAUUGUUAAAUGCAAUUAUUACCCUCCAUGCCCAAAUCCUGACAAGGUCUUGGGAUUCUCUCCUCACUCUGAUGCUACAGGAUUGACAGUAUUGUUACAAAUGAAUGAGCUGCAGGGGCUACAGAUUAACAGAAAAGGUAAAUGGCUCCCAGUUAAAGCUUUGCCAGGAGCUUUUGUCAUCAAUGUUGGAGACAUUAUUGAGAUAUUAAGCAAUGGAAAAUAUAAGAGCAUUGAGCACAGAGUUGUGGUGAAUAAUAAGAAGGCGAGGCUAUCUAUUGCUGGAUUUCAUACACUGAACGUAGGUGAUGUGGUGGGACCAAUUCCGGAAAUUGUGAAAGGAGAUAAGCUGAUUUAUAAGAGCGUGCAAUUUGAAGAGUAUUUCAAGAUGGUGUACGCCAGCAAAGUGGAAGGGAAGAGCUUAUUGGAUCGCAUGAAAUUGGAUGCAUGAUUUAGAUUUUCAGCUUACAGAACUAUGUGUUUUAAAUAAGAGGGGUGGGUUGUUUAUUGUGUUAUAAAUGCUGAUAAAUCUAUGCAAAAUAUGCAAUAAGUCGUGCUCCUAAGUCAAUUUUCAUAUCAAUGGGGUCAUAUUAGUAUUGUAAUAAAAUCUAAUU